AUGUCUGACAACCACGAUACCGUCGCUGUGGAGGAGGAGACCGAGGUUCACUUCGAGCCCAUUGUUAAGCUCGAGGCUGUCCAGGUCAAGACCCACGAGGAGGAGGAGGACUCCAUCUUCAAGAUGCGCGCCAAGCUUUUCCGCUUCGUCAAGGAGUCCAACGAGUGGAAGGAGCGCGGUACCGGAGAUGUCCGCUUGAUGCAGCACAAGGAGACCAAGAAGAUCCGUCUCUUGAUGCGUCGCGACCAGACCCUCAAGAUCUGCGCUAACCACUACGUCACCGCUGAUAUGACCUUGACCCCCAACGUUGGAUCUGACCGCUCGUGGGUCUGGAACGUCACUGCCGACAGCUCGGAUGAGUGCUCAGGACCUCAGACUUUGGCUAUUCGCCUCGCCAACCCUGAUAACGCUGCCAUCUUCAAGGAGGAGUUCGAGAAGGCCCAGAAGAACAAUGUCGAGUUGAAGGCUGCUUCUGAGGACAAGGAGGAGGAGAAGGAGGAUGCCAAGGAGGAGGAGAAGGAUGCCGAGGAGAAGAAGGAGGAGGCCAAGGAGGAGAAGGAGGAGGAGACCAAGGAGGAGAAGAAGGAGGAGUCUGCUUAA